UAUAAGUGAGAGCGCGCAUGCGCAGUACGAGCUGUGCGCUGGCUCUUGCAGACAGCUGACACGCGAGAAGCAUUUUGCAGCACUGCAUGGCAACCCAGAGAAAUGCAGUUUUUUAACAUGCAGCUGUGCACCGCGCCGUCUUUCUCUCAAGCCAUUAACACGCAGCCUGGUUGAAAUAGUGCUCUGAAUCGACAGCUAACUGGAAAUGUUACGGAUACUCAACUAACCGCUCUGCAGCUUCUUGAUUUUUUAAUCCUCCUUGAAUUCCUCGAAUCACAAAUCAUAUUUGAAUUCUCUUUUUAAUCGAAUGCGCCAAAUUGUUAUCACUCGCGCUGGCAAUAGUAAACAGUACUGAAAUCUUUACGGUGAGAAGGAAGGAGGCGUGACAGGAAAACCCCCUAAAUUAGGAGCUGCUUCCUGCUGUCUCUGGGUCACCAUGCUGCGCUUGUUCCGCGUGCUGGAGCGUGUACGCGCGUGUAGCGAGGUUCCCGCGCACAACCGACUCUGGACCAAAGUCACCGAGCUGUCAGUGAGACUCUCCAGCACCAAAGCUGCUCCGCGGCUCCGAAGAAUGGACUACCAGGAUGCGGUUUGCACCCUCAACACCCUCCAGACGAACGCCAGCGCGCUGGAGCAGGUGAAGAGAGAGAGAGGUCAUCCUCAGCUCCAGCUGCAGGCCAUGAGAGGCUUCCUCCAGCGGGCAGGACUCAAGGUAGAUGAACUUGAUCGUCUAAAUAUUAUUCAUGUAACUGGAACGAAAGGAAAGGGUUCAACAUGUGCCUUUACAGAACAGAUUUUGAGAAACUAUGGCUUCCGGACUGGAUUCUACAGUUCACCUCAUUUGGUACAAGUGAGAGAGCGAAUCAGAAUCAACGGGCAGCCAAUAGGAAAAGAGCUUUUCACCAAAUACUUCUGGCAGGUGUAUUGUCGACUGGAGGAGACAAAGGAUGCACAUUGUGGCAGCAUGCCUGCUUAUUUCCGCUUUCUCACCAUCUUGGCCUUUCACAUCUUUCUGCAGGAGAAGGUUGAUUUGGCUGUCUUUGAGGUUGGGAUCGGUGGAGCGUAUGACUGCACUAAUAUCAUCAGGCGUCCCUGGGUGUGUGGCGUCUCCUCUUUAGGCAUAGAUCACACCAGCAUACUGGGAGACACCAUUGAGAAAAUUGCCUGGCAGAAAGGAGGGAUUUUUAAGCCAGGAGUUCCUGCAUUCACGGUCAAACAGCCUGAUGGGCCGAUGAAGGUGCUUCAAGAGAGAGCAGAAGAAAUCGGGUGUUCGUUAUCAGUGUGUCCUGAUCUGGAGGAGUAUCAGAGCGAGGGUUCACUCCGGUUGGGUUUAGCCGGUCAUCAUCAGCGCAGUAAUGCUUCUCUGGCUCUACAGCUCUCUCACACCUGGCUGCAGAGACACUUCCUCCCAGAUCCUGUGUCAUCAUCUUCAGUGGAGUUCAAUGGUGUGAGUCCAGCUCAAGCCUUUCAGCCCAGUCCUGCAAUGAUAAAAGGUCUUGCAGAGACUGAGUGGCCUGGGCGCAAUCAAACACUAAAACACGGUCCUGUGACGUACUUCCUGGAUGGAGCUCAUACCACACGCAGCAUGCAGGCCUGUGUCCGCUGGUUCAAUGAGAUCGCACCACAACAUGAGAGAAAUGCAGGGGGUUCAGUGGUGAGUGUGCUCUUAUUCAACGCUACAGGAGAGAGAGACUGUGCUGCUAUGCUCAAACUGCUCGUACCCUGUCUUUUUGAUUUCGCCGUGUUCUGUCCAAACAUCACAGAAGCCAUAGCGACCUGUAAUGCAGGUAAGAGACGCUUCCCGCCGUCAUCCUGUGUCAGAGAUCCAGACGCAGAAGAUGAUAUGAGAUCUAGUCAAUCAAUAAGAGACCAACAGAACUUUAACGUUUCUGUGGAGAACAUGCUCACACGUUGCCUGGACAACCAGCAGAGCUGGCGCAUUCUGAAUGGCCAGGGGGAGAAACCAGAGGCGGAGCUUCUGAUCGGAGGCGGUUUGCCAUUGGUGGCAGAAAGACACAGCCACACACUGGUGUUUCCCUGCAUCCUCAGCGCUCUGCAGUGGAUCAGUCAGGGAAGGGACUCGGUACUCUCAGACCCAAACAAAUGUGACAUACCCGUUAAACCUAGCAUAAACGCCAAAGCCGCUCCGCUACGAGAGGCUGUGAACAUACACGUCCUCAUCACAGGUAGUUUACACCUGGUGGGAGGGGCUUUAAAACACCUGGACCCUGCUUUAAACUCAUAAUGUACAUAUGCGUGUGUCUGCAGUGCCAGACAUCCAGCCAAACACAGCGAGUGUGCCACCCAGUGCCUGAACCCUCUGUCCCAGCACUCAUAGGAGUAGUUCACCCAAAAAAGUUUACUCGCCCUCAGACCAUUUAAGAUGUAGAUGAAUUUGUUCCUUCAUCAGAACAGAUUUAAAGAAAUUCAUCACUUGCUCACCAAUGGAUCAUCUGUAGUGAAUGGGUGCCAGCAGAAUGAGAGUCCAAACCGCUGAUAAAAACA